GGAUUGGGUCGCUGCUCUGUCAUGAAAGCAACACUUCGAUUGAAAACUGGGGCUAAGCCUGUUUUUCGCCCAAAGCGACCUGUCCCUUAUGCAACAUUACAAACAGUAGAUGAAGAAUUGAACCGCCUUCAACAACAAGGAGUUAUCACUCCCGUUUCCUACUCUGCAUGGGCAGCACCUAUCGUGGUUAUUAAGAAGGCCAACGGCACGAUACGUAUAUGUGCUGACUUUUCAACAGGUCUCAAUGCAGCUCUGGAACAACAUCAUUAUCCCUUGCCUGUUCCCGCAGACCUAUUUACCAUGCUGAAUGGGGGAAGAUUUUUCGCUAAGCUGGAUCUAGCUGAUGCUUAUUUGCAAGUGGAAGUAGACGAAGCAUCAAGAGAGCUGUUAACUAUCAAUACUCAUCGUGGUUUGUUCCAGUAUAACCGUCUACCUUUCGGAGUCAAAACUGCACCAUCUAUUUUCCAACAGCUAAUGGAUACCAUCCUAUCAGGUAUCCCGGGAGUCGCGGCUUAUUUGGAUGACAUUUUAAUUGUAGCAACGACAUUAGAACAACUACGAGAACGCACGACAUUGGUACUGCAACGCAUCAGUGACAACGGGUUCCGGUUACGCCCAGAGAAAUGCCAGUUUCAUUUGCAGUCGGUAAAGUACUUGGGGUUCAUUUUCGAUGCCGAUGGCCGCAGGCCAGAUCCUGAGAAUAUCCGAGCUAUCAAACUGAUGCCAACUCCUACUAAUGUCUCAUCACUACGUUCCUUCCUGGGACUUGUCAGCUAUUACUCAGCGUUCGUUCCAUCGAUGCAUGAUAUUCGCGCUCCACUCAAUAGCUUACUGCAGAAGAACAGCUCUUGGAACUGGACUAAACAAUGUGACGCUGCCUUUUGUAAACUGAAGUCCAUUAUUAGUUCGGAAUUGCUGUUGACACACUACGAUCCAGCCUUGCCGAUCAUCGUAGCUGCAGACGCUUCAGCGCAUGGCAUAGGCGCUGUUAUCUCCCAUCAGUUUCCGGAUGCGUCGGAAAAAGCCAUUAUGCAUGCAGCCCGUACACUAACCCCAGCAGAAAGAAAGUACAGUCAAAUAGAAAAAGAGGCUCUGGCUCUUGUGUUUGCAGUACGCCGUUUCCACAAAUUCUUGUACGGUCGAAGAUUUACUCUUCUCACUGAUCACAAGCCUCUUCUCACAAUUUUCGGUUCGAAAUCUGGUGUUCCAGCCCAUUCUGCAAACCGUCUCCAACGAUGGGCUUUGAUACUUCUGGGUUAUGAUUUUGACAUUCAGUAUCGGCGCACUCAACAGUUUGGUCAGGCUGACGCCUUGUCACGACUUAUCAGCGAACACCAUACGGCCGGCGAAGAUACAGUUAUCGCCUCCCUGAUGACAGAGGACUACGCGCAGUGCUACCUGACAACUGCUAUUCGUGCUUUGCCAGUCUCAGCAGCUGAAAUACAAUCUGCAUCCAAGAACGACUCCAUCAUAAAGAGAGCGAUGAAAUACGUCACAAAUGGCUGGCCGCCGACUGGACUCGAUGGUGACUUGAAACAGCUUUACCGUCGUCGGGACUCAUUAUGCGUCGUAAACGAAUGCUUGAUGUUUGGAGAUAGAGUAGUGGUACCAGAAUCCCUAAGAUCUAAGGUGGUAAAGCAAUUCCACACUGGUCAUCCUGGUAUAAAACGAAUGAAAUCCAUCGCCAGAAGCUAUGCUUAUUGGCCCCUCAUGGACCAACAUAUCGUGGAUUUAGUAAGCAAGUGCACACAAUGUCAGCAAGCAGCUAAGUGUAACGCGAAAAUACUACCAGUCCCAUGGCCACAGCCUGAGUAUCCCUGGUCCAGGAUACAUGUCGAUUUCGCAGGCCCAAUUAACGGAAUCACCUAUCUAGUUGUUGUCGACGCCUUUUCGAAAUGGCCUGAAAUCAACCCUAUCAUACCGCCAACGACAACUAAAACAAUACAGAUCCUCACAGAAAUUUUCUCUCGAAAUGGUAUACCAGAUGCUAUUGUGUCUGACAACGGGUCACAGUUCACAUCCAGCCAAUUUCAGUCAUUCUGUCAACGACUAGCCAUAAAGCACUUACGCUCGCCACCAUACCACCCGCAGUCGAAUGGGCAAGCAGAAAGGUUUGUGGAUACGUUUAAGAGAGCCUUGGCUAAAACAAAGGGGGAGGGGACGCCAGCAGACGCGUUGCAAAAUUUCUUAUACGUGUAUCGAACAACACCAAAUGAAACGUUGCCGGAGCGAAAGUCCCCAGCCGAGAUCCUAAUGGGAAGAAGACUGAAGACAAUCCACAGCCUGAUGCAUCCGAGGAAUGCACCGACACCAGUACGGACAAAGUUUGAAAAGCAAUCCACGUACGAAGUGGGAUGUCCGGUGUUUGCCCGUGAUUACAGACCGACCCAUAGUCCAUGGACAGAAGCGCGAGUGGUCAAAAGAGUUGGCCGAGUCAUGUACGAAGUUGAGGUAGGUAGUGACAGGUGGCAACGCCAUCGGAACCAGUUACGCAAACGGUUAGCCCCAGACCGCCCAUCAACAGAAUCAAAUAUUCCUCUUGACAUUCUGCUAGACACAUUCAACUUACCGGCAACCCCACCACAAGAAAAACCUCAACAACAAACUGAAACACGUCCAAGACGGUGGCCUAUCCGAGAACGGCGAGCAACAAUCAGGAUGCAGGUUGACCCCAGGAAAGCCCGCUAUUAAAAAGGGGAGGAGUGUUGGGGACGAUAGAUCCCCAAACUCAUAUUUUAAAAUUUAUCUUAUCGAUCAUCUUAUUGAUUAAAUGUUAGAUAUUUUUAUUGGGGUCAAUUGGUGAACUAAUCGAUUAAAUGUUUGAAUAGCAGUCAAUUGAUGAACUAUCGAUUACAUGCGCAAAUAGGUCAAUUAAUGAACUCAUUGAUUAAUGUUUAAAAAUUUUCUAUCGAUUGUAAAUAAUUGUAUAAAUACGCUUGACUUGUAUGCUUGAUCUGAUCUGCCUGCCUGACUUGUUAUCUGCUGUUUGUCUGUAGAAUACACUUUCUACACCUU